AUGAGCUUCUCUGCCAACCCAGCAAAUGAAAUAACUCCACCACCAACACACCAACAGCAAUACCAACAACAAAGCUCAAACACGCACCAUAGUAAACGAAGAAACGAUGAUGAUAACGAACUCAGUCAAGAACAACAACAGCGAUACAAGAAUAUGACUCAAGAAGAAGCCAUAAAUUCAACAACAGAGUGGCCACAAUUUAUACAUCCAGAUGGAGGAACAGUCAAAUUAUCGCCAUGGGGAUCAAUACGUGAGUUUAUCGACCCAAAAACCAAUGAAACGGUGACAAAGUUUGAAGAUUGCAAUUUUGAAGAAUAUUCAUUCAAGUCAGAAACCGUGGAGAAACUAUAUCAAACACCAGAUACACCACAAUCCUUGUACCAUCGACCCACUAAUCAAUCAGGAGACUAUAACAAUCACAACAGUACUGGUGCUGUUGCUACAAAUUCAUCUAAUUCGAGAUUCACAUUGAGCCCAAGUAAUGAAGUUGAAGGGUAUGUGGUUGAUGGAUAUGACCAAUACCGGAAUAACAAUGAUGAUGACGUUUCAUUUUCAAGUGUUCAUGAUGCUACUCAUCAUCAGUAUCAAGUUGAACAAGAAAAUUAUUUCGGCAUUGGUGGUGAACAAAUGGAAGAAUUUGAUUGCAGUUACAAUGAGGAUGAAGAUGAGCAGAUGACAUAA